UGCAUUAAAGAAUCCAAAUUUUUCUAAUUUUUUAAUCUGUUGCUUUUUUGACUAUUGAUCAUAUAAUAAAUGAGUCAUCGAGUCCGUUUCUUUCAAUUACGCAAGGCAGCGAUGGCCACCCAUUUGUUUUUGUUUUUGUUUAAAAUACUUAGAAAUUUUAGUCUAACAGGCAGUCUUCUACACAAGCUGCACGUUCCAAUCUUGAAGCAAUAAUGGCGGAUCGUCUACCCAGAUAGCUGUCAAGCAGGACUCCUUUUUUUGUUUUUUCGGCUAUAACAAGAACAUCGAUCAUUUGGCUUUCACAGAUAUCUCAACCAUCACAAAAAAAUGGAGUCGAACAUUGCCAAAGAAGUAGAAACAGAGCUCCUUCCAUUUGUCAGAGUCUACAAAGAUGGAUCAGUUGAAAGAUUAUCUGGUUCACCUUUUGUUCCUCCAUCAAUGGAAGAUUCAGAAACCGGAGUUUCCUCAAAAGAUAUUACCAUUUCUCAAAACCCUUUGAUUGAAGCAAGGCUUUUUCUUCCCAAACUCGAAGAAUCCGAAUCGAAAUCGAAAAUCCCAAUCUUGGUUUACUAUCAUGGUGGUGGUUUUCUCUUCGAAUCAGCUUUCUCUGCUGACCACCAUAGAUUUCUCAACAGCUUGGUUUCUCAAGCUAAAAUUGUUGCUGUUUCUGUGGAAUAUAGAUUAGCUCCAGAGAACCCACUUCCUGCUGCUUAUGAAGAUAGCUGGGCAGCUCUGCAAUGGGUCUCUUCCUUUUCAAGUAAAGACAAUAACUCUCCCAUUGAAGAACCUUGGUUGAGUAAUCAUGGUGAUUUUGAAAGAGUGUUUAUUGGGGGUGAUAGUUCUGGAGCUAACAUUGCUCAUAACAUAGCAAUGCGAGCAGGCAAAGAAAACUUGCAUGGUGGGGUUAAGAUCUUAGGAGCUCUGCUUACACAUCCGUAUUUCUGGGGUUCUAAGCCAGCUGGAUCGGAUCAGAGUAUUGAUUAUUUGGUUUGCUCCGUUUGGAACUUUGUAUACCCAAAUGCUCCUGGUGGGAUUGAUAAUCCGAUGAUAAAUCCUGUAGUUGAUGAAGCACCGAGUUUGGAAGGACUUGGAUGUUGUAGAUUGCUGGUGAGCGUGGCAGAGUUUGAUUGGCUGAGAGAUAGAGGGGUUCUGUAUUCUGAAACCGUGAAGAAAUCUGGAUGGAAAGGUAAAGUUGAGCUAAUUGAUGUUGAAGGAGAAGAUCAUGCUUUUCAGAUUUUAAGACCUGGGACGGAGAAUGCAAAUACAUUGAUCAAACGCUUGGCUGAUUUUCUCUCCAAAAAGUGAUUAAUUUUCGUUUUUCACUUUUUGUGUACUUUUUCUCUGUUAAUUAGUGGUUGUUUUUGAAUGCGUGCUUUCCUUUGUGUUUUUGUUUUUGGUUGAAAACUGUGUUUUAUAAUUACAUCAUAUAUGAAGUUGGCAUGGAAGCAAAAAAUAGACUUAUCUCAGAGUGAUAAUUGCUACAA